CUCCUCUCAGACACACAGCCACGUGACCUGUCGAACAUGGCGCCUGUAAACGAUCGUCACCUCCGUAUGCCUAGGUAUGUAUAUAUCAGCUGGCCGCGCCUACCUCGUCACUUAUUAUUAUUAUGAGUUGCACAUCUCACGCGAAACUUGCUCAUGAUGGGGUAUAUACUAGGCAGCUCUCUCUCAGAGAUGGUCGGACCUCAGGCAGCUUCUCGACGAUUUCCAGAUCUCCAGUAGAUAGAUAUAAUAAGGGUUUGUCUGAAUCACGUGACACUACUACCACUACUCCUACCACUCCUCUUCCCACCAAUACUAUUACUACUACUACUACUACUACUACUACUACUACUACUACUGCUGCUGCUCCUCCUACUACUCCUACUCCUCCUCCUCCCACUAACUCCUGCUACUCAUCUUCCCACUACUACUACUCCUCCGACUAUUCCUACUACUACUCCUCCGACUAUUCCUACUACUACUCCUACUACUCCUACUACUCCUACUACUCCUACUACUCCUACUACUACUAA